AUGUCACAUGACACCAGUGUUAAUGAGGGUUCUGCUGUGAGAGCGUCUCCAGUUAAAGCUCUGACCGUAAACUCAGCCAGAGCUCCACCCACUCCUAAAGAACCCACCCAACACGACAGGGCCACGCCCACUCAGGACAUCGAGACCACGCCCAUUCAUGACACAGAGGCCACGCCCACAGAGCACCUGAAGGCCACGCCCACAGAGCACCUGAAGGCCACGCCCACAGAGCACCUGAAGGCCACGCCCACAGAGAGAGAAGAUGAAGAGAGUGGCGACCGGACCAUCUCUGAACUCGUCUACAGCCCGUGUGCCAGCCUGAUGUCGACACCGGUGGAUGAGGGGGCGGAGUUUCUCUUUACGGCCUUCCAAAGCCCCGCCCCCCUGCUGCGGCAGCUCCACGCAGACGCUCUGCUUGAGGCGCGUAUGACAGAGGCGAGCUCCAGAGAUCCGGCACGUGAGGCGAGCUCUAGAGAGCAAACGGCUGAGAGUGGGCGGAGCCUGGACGAGCGUGUGCAAUUGACCGACAGCAGCGAGGGGGGCGGGCUCUCGCGAUCGUGCGCCUGGAGCGUGGUGCGCCUGGUGGCGGUGGUGACGGGCCUACUGCUGGUCACCGUGACGACGCUGCUGCUGCUGCUGGAGUCGGACAUCGACGUCACGUUUCUGCGCGAGAUCAGAGCGACGCCGGAGUUUCAACAGUUCCACCAUGAGUUCUACUGCCCCCUGCGGAGAUGGGUCCUGUGCAGCCUGUGGGGCUAG